AUGCCUCCCCAGACAGACGACAAGCGCCAGGCUGCACGUGAAAUCAUCGAUAUUCUUCAUGAGAUCUCUAUCCUGCUCAAUACCCACCUGGACCGGACAGAGCUAUCUCUGUGUGUCUCUAUGAUUGAGAACGGAGUUAAUCCUGAUGCUCUUGCGACAGUGAUUAAAGAUUUGCGGAAAGAUGGCGCUACGCAAAAGCGGAUUUCACAUGCUCCGACUGCGGAGUAA